CUAUGCUGACGUCACUCAAAUGUCAGAUUCGUGAAGUAUAAAGUAGACGCUUGCGAAUGAUGCCACCUUUGUAUUCUCUACAUCAUGCGUAAACAAAUAUUCGGUAGUUCUAAUCACAGUGGAAAAAAUACGUCAGACUGUUAACCGGCUCUCAGCGAUUAUGAAGGAAGCUGAUUUGCGGACUCAAAAGUGAGAUUGUGCUUGUUAUCUCUUACCCUUGGCACAAUCGUGUCAAUCUGCUUCCCACUCAUAUUAUUUCUGUUUGCUGGGUUAUAUCCGACAGCAUUGCCAAUUUCGCUCACUUAUUUCACUGGCAGCCACAUAAUAAAGUGGACUAAUAACACGCACAGAUGAAAAAGAGGACACAAUGGCCGAGUUACCGGAGAAUUUACAAGUUGUGAAGACAGAAGGAGCACAAUUGCCGGAAACGGAAGCCCAACCGCGUCGCCUCAUUAAGGAGCGCUUGAAUUUACACGUGAAACGUAGACUCCAACAAGAACACGAACCACAAGCACAGCUCCAGAAAAUACAAAUAAUUACUCACCCUUCUGGAAACACAGCACGAGAAAAUUUGGCUAUUGCAGUACCUCUACAGUCACCGCAAUCGUCAAAUGUGAACGUGAAUUUUGCAUCAAACGACGUCACCCCGCCGACAUCAACACCGAAAAGGAAAGAGAAACAACAACAGAAGGAACCAGUCAAAACACGAAGGCCCUAUCAAAGGCGAACGGACAAAAACACUACAAAUAUACAAACGCAAAUGCAAAUAAACGUUGAAGAUGGCGCAAGAACUGGAAGAAGUCGUAAAAACAAACGUCACAAGCAGCAGGGACUAUUGGCUGGUAUAACAGUGCCAUCGGUAGGUGGCAAUGCAGUGCCGAGUGGUGGUGCCGGCGCUUUAUGUUUAUCGCCCGGCGUUGAGGAGGGCAGUGGUGGCGGCAUCGAUGAAAUGGAUGGGCGAGAUAUUUGUUCACGCGAUAAAGAGAAGUGCCCUGAUAUUUUAGGUAUGGUGUUGAGCGGCAAGAAACGUGCCUUGAUGCAAAAUGCAGAAGUUCAAGAAUUUUUAAGUGCAAUAAUGUCAGCAUUUAAGAAUUAAAAAUUUAAAUUCUGAUUAAAAAAAAAAUUUAUAUUUAUAAAAUCUAUGAAAAAACUUUUUCUAUUAUUCGGUUACGGCAAUCGACAAUGUUUAACUAUGUGACCAGAAGCUUCAUUAUGUAUUUUGUAACAAAUAUAUGUAUAUUUUUAAGUUAAAUUACAUUUUGAUUGAUUUUUAAUAUAUUUUAUUGAGCUUUUUAACUUGUGUAAUAAUAAGAAGUAUGCCAGGCAACUGUUAUGUUACCUAAUCGUAAUGCAACCCUGUGGACAAACAUAUGUAUGGUGUUAUUUCUGUUAUGCCUCAUAUUUGGGUCACAUUUCAUUAAAGAGCUUCAAAAGCGAGAA